AUGGAAAGCUAUAUGUUUCAAUGGAUGCCAUGCACGAGUGUUAUGAUGCUAAAUAAUCAACUUACCUCUGCCGGCCUUUUCGUGCCUUUUAAUUCACUUUUUCCAUCGGCCGUUGCUUUUUCAUUGUUUUCUGUAACUUUAUCUACAGCAACUUCACCUUUACUAUCUUUUGAACUCAUUUUUGUGAAUGUGCCUAAAUCGAGGAGAACAUUUUGCAAAAAAUGUAAAAAACAUAAAAAUCAUAAAGUAACUCAAUAUAAAAAAUCUAAAGAAAGGCAGGCUGCUCAGGGUCGAAGAAGGUACGACAGAAAACAGAAAGGAUAUGGAGGACAAACAAAACCUAUAUUUCGUAAAAAAGCUAAAACAACAAAAAAAAUAGUUUUAAGAAUGGAAUGUGCAGACUGUAAAUUUAGAAAACAAGUUCCAUUAAAAAGAUGUAAGCAUUUCGAACUUGGUGGUGAUAAGAAAAGAAAAGGACAAAUGAUUCAGUUUUAG